UCAAAAUUCUGGGAAGAACCACUAAUUGUAAAUCAUACAAAUUACCCAUGAAAUCAAAACGGCCUGUUGUUUGCAUAAUAAGACAGAUACCAAUAGAUAGGUUUUAUGGAUAACUGUCUCCAAUUUCAUCGCAACCAGAAUUAUUACCUGUUCAUUGCUAAAAUCAGUCACAUAAAUCAGUUAGGUGUAUGUCUAGGCUGAUGUCUGGAUAUGUGGAUUGUAUUUCAGCGCUCUUCUAUUUUGUUUAAUUAUUCUGCGCUCUCUCUCAGGGCCUAUAAUGAGCCGCAGUGCCAAUCAUCACAGUGGGUGGCUCUCUUAUCCUCUCACCCUCCUCGACACGGCUCUAUCUCCCCCUACACAUGACAGAUGAGCAGGAUGGCUACCGCUCUGUCAAACCACUGGACUUUUCCAUCAGUCUAGCUCCUUAUCAACACCCAGCGACAGCACGGCUGGAGCGAUUGCAUUUAUCCCAUUUAGAUAAGCCCAAGAUGCUGCCAUUCUCUGUGAGAGUGAAUUAGAGAGGACUGCUGCUAUCUCCAGUACCUGAUGUGCUGUUCCAGACCUCAGAGGCCACGGGCCAGUCGCCGAUACUGUCAAUGAGCCUGAGGAGAGGCUGCGAGUCGCGCUGCUCGAUCAGAACUGCAGGGGGAAGCAGAGAGACGGGAAUACAUAGAGCGAAACGGAAAAUUAACGAACAGCAUCCUAGAGAUUGUGAAGACCCCACAUCAGACCACCAUAAACCCAAACCCAGCCAAAGCUCAGAACUGAGCACCUACAGCACACAACUGGAAGACGCCACGAACAGUCGCUGGAAGGGACAGAGCAGAUCUGUGAGACUGAUGCUGCCCAAAUCUGCGGCUCGCACCCCCUGUGACCAGAGAGAGUCUGACAGCUCAACAAAUGCUGGACUAGAGAUGGAUGCAAUAUCAGAGAGAAACAUACAGCCUUUGCUCGGCUAUGAUUGGAUAGCAGGCCUACUGGACGCUGAAAGCUCUCUUGAAGAUCAUUCGGAGCAGUUCUUCAGCGAUCUCCGCAACUUCCGUCAGGCCAAUCGAGACGAGUGCGUCCACAGCUUGUUAUCAGGAUUUCCAUCUGUUGCUGAUCUUGCAUCUUCUGCACUUGGCUGUGAAGAGCCACAGACACCUGCAGACACGCAUCAGUGCACAUUCUGCUACAGAAUAAACAGUCGACUGUUUGCGGCUCCGCUGGAUGCACAGGGCGCCUGUCCAGUGUGCAAGAUGCCCAAAUCUGAACACCCUCAUACUGAAAGAGAGCCUGCUUUAAUCAGGGUCAGUAUUCCUCGCUCAACUCUGCAGCCAGCGUACAAAUACAAAGCCCAUCGCCGCUGCAGUUUUGAUCCCUCUGACAGCCUGGGUUUGCCCUCACACUGCUUGUCCGGAUGGUCCAAUCCCACCCUGAACUCUGGCUCUCAGAUGAGCAGUCUGGAUCUGCGGGGCUCCAUGGCAAAACCAGCGGCUAUGGGAGGGUCAGCCUCAUCCUGGUUUGACCAUGAACUGGAUUCAUCCUUGCCCAGUGUGUCGAGACACCCAUGUUCUGACCAUCUUCAAAAUGUAGUUCGUUUGCCACGGUAUCACUUUCAGCAUUCCAAAGAUCCAAAGAGGCCAGAACCCCACGGCCGCUCUUACGCUCUUGACUGAUUGCAAAAGUUAC